AUGGGAAAAGCCGGUCGCGUUGCGUGUAUCUUCACGCCCUAUCUCUUGACCAUUGCAUCAUUAAUCUGCAUCAUUAUGGUGGGAUUGGGUUGCACAAAAGCCAGUUCUGACACCUUGAACAAUUUAUACUUCAUUCGCCUCGACCUCUCAAACAUAAGCCAAGGAUCGGCAGUUACAUCAGAAAUCACAGAUCGCCUCGCCGAUGCUGGUAUCACUUCUGUCACUGCGGAAGAGGUCUCAGCGACCAUCCAAACCUUCCAGAAUGAUGGCAAUAUCGCUGAUUUCUACGACAUUGGUCUCUGGGGUUACUGCGAGGGAGAUUCCACCAACGGCAAGGAUACCGUCUCCAAGUGCACAGACCCUAAGGCUCAGUUCUACUUCAACCCGUCUUCGAUUCUGGGCAUGAGCGAGGCCCAACUCGAGAAGGAGCUUGGCAGCGGCAUGAAGAAGACCAUGAACGUCUACAAGGCUGUCUCCAAGUGGAUGUUCAUCGCCUACCUAGUCGCCUUUAUCGCCACCUGCGCCCAGGUCCUGCUUGGUAUCUUCGCUAUCUUCAGUCGCUGGGGUAGUUGCGUCACCACCAUCGUCUCGAUUGUUUCGUUCCUCUUCACCCUUGGCGCAUCCCUUACCUCAACCAUCAUGUUCUCCAUCGCAAAGGGCUCCCUCGGCACAGCCCUGAAGGUCUACGGUGUUGAGGUAGACCUGGCACCUGCUGCUGCUCCGGCCGCUCGCCCUACGGCCACAAGGACCGUCACAACACCCGCGGCAGCAUCACUGCAGAGAAGGCCCCCCUACACCUAUGAGCCCAUCGGCGCUGCCCACCCUCCCUUCGGUUCUCCGCAGCCCCAGCACGGUUACUCCACCUCGUACCCUCCUCCCCACCACAAUGAUAUCCCCAUGACCAACAACAAUCAGCAGUCAAGCGCCUACGAACCCUUCCGCCAUGCUUAA